CGUGCGAUCAAAUGAUUCGUGGUCGGUGAUAUUAGUGAUCAGUGCUAAUUUGAUUCAGUAGUGUCCGGGUAGUUCGCUGUGGUCGGUCAGUCAUGAGUUAUGACUCUGUGAUCAUAUGAAUCAUUUGUGUUCAGAGUUCACAUUGAUCGUAUGAAUCGUUUGUGCUUGGUUUACAGUGAUCAGUGGCUCAUUUGAUUCAUUAGUUUCAGGUCAUUCGCAGAAGUCAGUCAUGAAUCGCACGCUCUUCGCGGUGUGCCUCGCGUUCGUCGCCGCUCACAGCGUCCCGCUGUCGGUCCCGCCGCAUGAGGAGGUCGCUCGGAUGGCUCGGUUCGUGGUCAAUAAGUGUGAUUGGGCUUCAAUGGCGACGAUCUCUACUCACGAUCCGGUCAGAGGACAGCCGUUCUCCAACGCCUUCUCCAUCAGCGACGGGCCCGCGGGCAACGGAACCGGAACACCCUACAUGUACCUCACACACAUGGAGAUUUCAGUCCAGGACCUGCAGGUGAAUCCGCAGGCAUCUCUGUCUGUGUCUCUGGCUCAGACCAGCUACUGUAAGAAUCAUGGCUUCGAUCCUCAGAGUCCACUGUGCGCCCACAUCAUCCUGUCCGGCUCUGUCGUGGAGGUGAACGGCAGCGAGGCGUCAGUGGCUAAAGCCGCUCUGUUCAGCAGACAUCCAGAGAUGAUCGACUGGCCCACCGACCACAACUGGUUCUUUGCCAAGAUGAAUAUCACACAGGUUUGGGUGCUCGAUUACUUCGGUGGAGUAAAAACCGUGAUACCUGAGGAAUAUUACAGAGCCACUCCAUAAUGGAAACAUUCCGAAAACCUUUGAGGGUGUUGAAGAAAAAGCACAAUAUCAUCAAGGGGAAUAAAAUGUUUGAUCAGAGCAACUGAGAAAAGCCCUCAAUGUACAGCCAAAGACUUGCAAGAUGAUCUGAUGAAAGGAGGAAAAAACAUUUCAAUGCAGAAUAUAAGAACGCUAGAGAAACAUGGCCUUCAUGUCGGGACACCUCGCCAUAUGCCACUCUUUACCAAGAAGAACUUAAAAGACCGACUUGAAUGUGCUAAAAUUAAUUUGGAUAGACCUGUGGAGUUCUGAAACAAUGUUUUAUGGAGUGAUGUGGCCAAACUGGAACUUUUUGGAUGCAUGGAUCAGUGGUUUGUCUGAUGCAAAAAGCUUAUAAGCAGAAGAACACCAUCUCCAUGGUCAAACAUGGCGGUGGACCAGUCUUGUUAUGGGGAUGUUUUGGUGUUGCAGGAAGUGGAAAUCUUAACUGUAUGAAGGACUUGGAUUCUUUGAAGUACUGGCCAUUUUGGCAAAGAUUGUGAUGUCUUCGGUGCAGUGACUGAAGCUUGAUGAUCAAUCGACUUUCUUGCAGUCCAGCCAUCCCAAAGUACACAUCCAAAUCUACUGAAACUUGCUUCAGGGAUCGGUCAUAGAAUGUUCUUGAGUGGCCUGUUCAGUCUUCCGAUUUAAAUCUUACUGAAAAUAUUUGGUGGAAUUUGAAGAAAACCAAAGAUUAUCAGUGAUCUUGGAACUUUUUCAAGCAAGGAAUGGGCCAAGAUUGCAGUAGAGAAGUGGCAGAAGAUUCUAACAGGCAGCGUUUAUUGGAGGUUACAAAGAAUAAAAGAUUUUGCACAACAUUGGAUUUUCAUCAACUUUAUGUUCUCAGAAUCACUCAAAUGUGUAAACUUUCUAUAAUAGUUUACUGAUGCCUUUGUUGAAAUGUUUUCAUAAAAUGUUGUUCUCUGCAGCAAAAUGUCUUGCAGGUCAAGUGCGUUGAAUAAUUUUGAUUGCAGCUGUAGCAUAAUGAGAGAUUUAUGAGUGAUUUUUGUGCGCCAGUCAUUUUUGAUGGCACCAGACUGUCCUAGCAAAGUUGCAAUUGCCAUAUAUUUUAGAAACAACCUUUUCACAUCCGGCCUUGUAAAUCUCCCAGGUUCAGGAAACUGUCCUCCGUAAAAUGUGCUGCACACACUCAAACACUUGGGUUGUACUGUAUUGGAACAGUUUUGUAAAUAAACCUUAACCACUGAUUGCUAAUUGUGUCCACUUUCGGAAGGCCAAAUAAAGUAUUUUUUUAUAUAUA